AUGUCUGGACGUGGAAAAGGAGGCAAAGUCAAGGGAAAGGGCAACUAUGCCGAGCGUGUUGGAGCCGGUGUUCCCGUCUACCUGGCUGCCGUGAUGGAGUAUCUGGCCGCUGAAGUUCUCGAGUUGGCAGGAAAUGCCACUCGUGACAACAAGAAAACCCGAAUUAUCCCACGUCACCUGCAGUUGGCCAUCCGCAACGAUGAAGAGCUGAACAAACUUCUUUCCGGAGUGACCAUCGCUCAGGGUGGUGUCCUGCCAAACAUCCAGGCCGUCCUGUUGCCCAAGAAGACCGAAAAGAAGGCCUAA